AUGUGCCAUACUUUGUUCUUUAAUGCCAGUGUGGAGCUCAUCCGUUUGGGGAACAGCUUCUUCAUAGACUGGGACAGAAAGAUGUAUUAUCCUAAGAAUGACACUCCUGCACAGGCAAGGACCACCACACUCAGUGAGGAGCUUGGCCAGAUUAAAUACAUCUUCAGUGACAAGACUGGCACUCUGACGCAGAACAUCAUGACUUUCAACAAGUGCUCCAUUAAUGGAAAAGCUUACGGGGACCUCUAUGACUUCUCUGGACAAAGGGUGGAAAUAACAGAGAGGACAGAGAAAGUGGACUUCUCCUGGAACCAUCUGGCAGAUCCAAAGUUCAGCUUUCAUGACCACAGUCUGGUGGAGACGGUGAGAAGUGGAAAACCUGAGGCCCAGGAGUUCUUCCGCUUGCUAUCCCUGUGUCACACAGUCAUGCCUGAGGAAAAGAAAGAAGGGGAGCUCAACUAUCAGGCUCAGUCUCCUGAUGAGGGCGCUCUGGUGACCGCUGCAAGAAACUUUGGAUUUGUGUUCCGUUCACGCACACCAGAGUCCAUCACAGUCAUAGAGAUGGGCAGACAAGUCAUCUAUGAACUUCUGGCUAUUCUAGACUUCAAUAAUGUGCGGAAGAGGAUGUCAGUGAUAGUGCGUGGCCCAGAGGGCAAGCUGACUCUAUACUGCAAAGGUGCAGACACCAUCAUCUAUGAAAGGCUACAUCCCUCCUGUAACAAACUGAUGGAAGUGACCACUAAUCACCUCAACGAGUAUGCAGGUGAUGGCCUCCGUACACUGGCUCUGGCCUACAAGGACUUAGACGAGAGAUAUGUCAAGGAGUGGACACAGCGCCACCAUGAGGCCAGCAUUGCCAUGGAGGGACGUGAUGAAAAACUUGAUGAGCUGCUGGGAGCGACAGCUGUGGAGGACAAGCUGCAAGAUGGUGUGCCACAGACCAUUGAGCAACUGGCUAAAGCUGACAUCAAAAUCUGGGUGUUAACUGGAGAUAAGCAAGAGACAGCAGAAAACAUCGGCUAUUCCUGCAACAUGCUGAGAGAGGAGAUGAAGGAUGUCUUCAUUGUGUCAGCCAACACUGCUGAAGGAGUCAAAGAGGAGCUACAGAAUGCCCGAAGGAAAAUGUGUCCAGACGCAGCAGAGGAGCCAUCUGUGAUCAAGUCUCGAGCAGGCCUGUUUUGGCUUAAGAAAAUGGAGACCAUGCAGGAUGAGAAUGUGGAUGGAGAUUAUGGCCUAAUUAUAAAUGGACACAGUCUGGCCUUUGCACUGGAGAAGAACAUGAGGCUGGAGCUGCUGAGGACAGCGAGCAUGUGUCAAACAGUGAUUUGCUGCAGGGUUACACCUUUGCAGAAGGCUCAAGUAGUUCAGCUGGUCAAGAAAUACAAGCAAGCUGUCACUCUUGCCAUUGGGGAUGGAGCCAAUGAUGUCAGCAUGAUAAAGGCUGCUCAUAUCGGCGUAGGUAUCAGUGGGCAGGAAGGCAUGCAGGCAGUCCUCUCCAGCGACUUUUCCUUUGCCCAGUUCCGUUACCUUCAGCGCCUCCUGCUGGUGCAUGGCCGCUGGUCCUACAUACGCAUGUGCAAGUUCCUAGGAUAUUUCUUUUACAAGAACUUCACCUUCACCCUUGUGCAUUUCUGGUAUGCCUUCUUUUGCGGUUUCUCAGCACAGACUGUGUACGAUGAAUGGUUCAUCACCUGCUACAACACAAUUUACACAGCUCUUCCUAUCAUCGGCUUAAGCAUCUUUGAACAGGAUGUAAAUGACCGCUGGAGUUUACAGCAUCCUCAGCUCUACUCUCCAGGCCAGAAGAACCGGUACUUCAAUAAGAAAGCUUUUGCGAGCUGUGUGAUGCACAGCUGCUACAGCUCCUUAAUCCUCUUCUUUAUCCCAUGGGCUGCCGUGCGUGACACAGUCAGAGAUGAUGGAAAAGACAUCGCCGACUAUCAGUCCUUUGCUUUACUGGCACAGACCUGUCUGCUCAUUGUGGUGUUUGCACAGCUGUGUCUCGACACCUACUACUGGACAGCAGUGAACCAAUUCUUUGUUUGGGGAAGCAUGGCUGUCUACUUUGCCAUCACAUUCACCAUGUACAGCAGCGGCAUGUUUCUGAUAUUCACAUCUUCUUUCCCCUUCAUUGGCACAGCAAGGAACUCACUGAGCCAGCCUAACGUGUGGCUCACCAUAUUCCUGAGUUCCCUCCUCUGUAUCCUGCCUGUGGUAGCUUUCCGUUUCAUUCUCAUGCAGCUUCGUCCUACCAUCAAUGACAAAGUGAGAUAUAGGGCACGACAAGAAGCGUUGCCAGCACCCGCUCCUCGUCGCACAGUGAAGAGGCGUAUCAGCAGGCGGUCAGGCUAUGCCUUCUCUCACUCCCAGGGCUAUGGUGAUCUGGUAAUGUCUCAGAAGUUCCUGCUGAAAUCCCCCCUGAGGAGACUAGCUCUGUUUACCCAAACCGACUCUCCUGUAUUUCAAAAUCAGCCACAGCACUACCGCACUAUUGCUGAGGAGCCAGAGUUACAGAGCUCCUAG